AGGACCAUCACUUUAACUUGUGUUCUCACCCUUUUACUGCUGGCGACGUUUGUCUCGCAGUCGUGGGGUGCACCGAAGGGCUCUUUCCAACGAAGAAACUGGAGCCCGCAGGCCAUGUUGUACCUCAAAGGCACACACAAACAUGACUUUGUGAUGAGAGGUGACAGCCUGGGAGUAAAGAGAGAAAAAGAGGGACGCAGGUUCAUCUCAGAGGACCGAAAAGAAGGCGAUAUCUAUGACACAUUACACUUAGAGACCCGCAGUCAGAACACAGAGAAGCUGAGUGUGGACCAGGCAGCCACUGUCCUGCUCAACUUCCUGCAGCAGGCCAAAGAAGGAGCUGAUGAAAACCCAGACGAGGUGUAUUUCCAGGAGCUGCCGGUGUGGAAGAGAGAAUUCUUCUGAUAACCUUUCAUACAUUUGUAAAACUGCCAGAAAACACCAACAUCUUUGUUUUUGAGAGUAACUUGUUCAGUCCCGCUUGAGGGAGAGGAACAGCUGUUUUUUUGUAAAUAUGAAUUCUGUGUUUGAAAUGUGUUGUUUUAAUAAAAGGAAUUUCAAUUCAUAGCA